ACGAAACUUCGGAACAUAAAAGACCCUGGGAUAUCGAGCUCGUGUCCUUUCAUACAAGCAACAGAUCGCUGACAGAGUGAAGACUUACCCCAUCAGCGCUACCACUCGUUACAAUUUGCCAUGAGGACGUUCGCCACACCGUGAAAGGAGACAACUAUCUUCAAAGGUUAAAGAUUCUCAUGCGUUGAAGCUGCAAUCCCACAUAUGUGGCGCGCAUAUUGGAUAGUGUUAAUUUUCAUAGUAUGACUAAUGUCAUGAGACAAUAAGUGGAAUAGUGUUGGUUUUUUUCAAACUGCUGUGAUAUGCUUAACGCUGUGACACAGUGGAGGAGGAUAUGGUGCUUUGUGCUGCACGUGCUUGUGAGUUGCCUGCACGUGCAUGUGUGUUUGGGGUGCACGACCACCCACCUGAACAAUGGAGCGUAUAAGCUGACGUGCGUGACGCCCAACUUGAAUGUGAAUGUCAUUCCUUCUGUUCCGGACGUUCAAGUGAGGGGAAAUAUUACCAAAAUAGAGAUUCUCAGCCAGAAUAACCUGACAAGAAUACGAAGAGACGACCUGAAGCCGUACGAAAGUUUGCAAGAACUAGUUAUAAAAUACAGUGGUGUUCAGUUUAUAGAAGAUGGAGCUUUCGAAACAAAUACACAAUUGAAUAAAAUCGACCUUGAACAUAAUAAGCUUGAGACGUUCUCUCGUUUUCUUGUGAGUCACCUGCAUAUCAUUGAGCUGAACCUGAAUGAAAACCCUCUGGUGUGCAGUUGCAACAUGCAGUGGCUAAAACUAAAACAGAAAUCUAACUCCAAGUUUCUGGAUAAUCAACGUAUAAUGUGUAUACAGGACGGAGUCAAACGCCGCGUAUCGGAGAUGGACAACCCGGAUUGUGAAACACCACAUGUGCACGUGUCGCCCUCCGAAAUAUCCAUUAACGCCUCCCAGGAUGCCGUGUUCCACUGCAGAGGAACCGGAAGUCCUAAACCGGAUGUCAGAUGGAAAUUAAAGGAUCUCGCUUCCAACUACACCAUUAGUACGGUCAAGGACACCGCCAAUGAGACGAUCAAAGCGUUACAGGUGUGGGAUGUCAAUUCCACUGACCACAACAAUCGUCCUCGUUGCAUCGUGGAGAAUAAAGUCAAUAACGUGUCAGCUCAAGUGGAAAUACUUGUCAACUCUGCUCCACGACUAAACAUUACGAAAGUGAAUAUGACCAUCAACGAAGCAACGGACCAGAAACUGAGAUAUGAUGUCCGCGGCUGGCCGGAGCCCUCUAUUCAGUGGUUGUUCAAUAAUAAAGCUCUACAGAGAAAGGGGAUACUCGGCUUUAACUUUACAAUAUGUCCUGGCUGGGUGCAGGGCUCUCUGGAAUUUGAUACAGCGAAUUUCAACUACGCCGGAACAUACACUAUCGUCGUCAACAAUACGUAUGGUAAAGAUCAGAAAAACAUCUUCAUCUCAAGAAAUCAAAAUCAAAUACCCUCACCUCGACAUUUCCUGCAAAUGGGCAAUAGGCUUGGAGGUUACGAUCCAUGGCACCCUGAGAGGCCACGCCCUUUUCCCAACCCACCUCCUUUCCUGCCCCAAGCGACAACCACUACACAGCCGAAGGUGAAGAAUACGGACGACUUUAAAAUAACAGUAAUCGUGACGGCAUCUGCAACGGCCAUUAUCCUGGCCUUCACCAUCACACUCGUCGUGUGUGUUCGCCGGCACCGCAGGAAGAUCAACCGUCAUGCGACCUUCCAAAACCGGAACAAGGGAGUCAUCGGACCGAAGGUCACCAAGGGCGGACUCCUUCUGGAAGCUGCACCUCUCAAUAGUCUUCAUUUGAUAGAAAACCCUAAUUACAUGCAGAAAACUGCCUACAGGAAUAAUUCGACACAGAGAACCAUCCGACCAGAAACAAUCUGUUUUUUGCGAGAACUCGGGGAAGGUGCGUUUGGGCGCGUUUACCUUGGAACCUGCACUGGGCUUGUUGAAGAAGGGGAAGUAACUCUAAUUGCAAUCAAGACUCUCAAAGACGCAACAAGUGAAUCAGUGAUGAAAGACUUUGACAGGGAAGCUGAGCUUCUGGCUAACCUCCAACAUGACAAUAUUGUGACAUUUUAUGGUGUUUCUCAAAAUAAUGAGAAUUAUAUGAUGAUAUUCGAGUUCAUGUCCAAUGGAGAUUUAAAUAACUAUUUAAGGUCCCAUGGCCCGGACUCGUCAGUCAUCUGUAAGGGAACCCCGCAGAACGAUACGCUCACCAUCACACAACUUCUGCACAUCUCCAACCAGAUCGCCACCGGCAUGGACUACCUGGCGUCCCAGCACUUCGUGCACCGCGACAUGGCCACCCGGAACUGUCUGGUGGAUGACAAGCUCAUAGUAAAGAUUGGGGAUUUCGGCAUGUCACGGGAUGUUUACAGCACGGACUACUACAGGGUCGGGGGAACCGCCAUGUUGCCGGUCCGCUGGAUGCCUCCCGAAAGUCUGCUGUACCGAACCUUCACAGUGGAAUCCGAUGUGUGGAGUUUCGGCAUCGUUAUGUGGGAGAUCUUCACAUACGGGAAACAGCCUUACUACGAACUGUCCAAUAUAGAGGUAAUACAGUGCAUCCAGAACGGGCACCUGCUUGACUGCCCUCAGAUAUGCCCGGAUGACGUCUACAAGAUAAUGCUGGGGUGUUGGAAGAGGCAGCCGACGGAGAGACUGACAAUGAAGGAAAUCCACAAACGCCUGGACAGUCUGUGUCUGAAAGAACCGACCUAUCUCGACCUGAUUGCAUGAGCAACACGGAAGGGAGGGACUCUUAAUACAUGGUCGACAAUGUUUUAAACGGGUGUACAUCCCCUUCAGGAGAAAAGCCUUUCCUGAUUCAAAUGAAUCUUACAAGGAUAUAUAAAUCACAUGGAUUACAACCAUACAUGGUUCAAAUGAAUCAUACCAGGAUCUGUGAAUCACAUGAAUUACAACCCUAUAUGAUCUCAAAUGAAUCAUACCAGGAUCUGUGAAUCACAUGAAUUAUAACCAUAUAUGAUCUCAAAUGAAUCAUACCAGGAUCUGUGAAUCACAUGAAUUAUAACACUAUAUGAUCUCAAAUGAAUCUUACCAGGAUCUGUGAAUCACAUGAUUUACAACCACAUGUGAUUAAAAUGGAUCCAUCGCCAAUACCUGAUUCACAGAAAACAAGAAAUCGGGAAGUCACUUGUCUCAUGAAACAUAACUCUGUGAUGAUGUAAGGACUGAGUUAUAUUAUCUUCAGGAUGCAGAAACGAGCUUUUGGCGAAGAGUGUAGAAAGUGUGUCCAUAAGAGUGAGAUAGGAAGAUGUGACACUCGAAGUCCUCAUCUUUAGCAUCAUCCUCGGAAUUCAGGGUAUGUUUAUUCGAGGCGAGAAACGCGGAACAUACACGCUUGGACUUCGAGGGUGCUGCUGGAAAUGUUGGCCAUCUUGUCAUGGUGAUUUCAGAGGCAGUGUCGGCACGGCAGUGUCAGCUCGACAAUGUCAUCCAUGUCUCUCUGCCAGCCAAAAGACGUGUGUGUGAUUGACAAUGAGGGCAUCUGAAGCAAUCGACAAGACACUAGCUGUGUUACUAUAACAUACGAUUUGUUGUGUUGUGCAGAGAUGGACCACGGGAAUUCGUAUUUGUACAGAAAAUAUCAAUAAUGUUCAUAAUCAGUGGAUGGACUGACGGGAUUGCUCAACAGCACAUACUCAGAGGGCAGAAUAUGGACAGAAUAUACGACGAAACGAUUGUCUUUCAAGUUAAUGGGGCUUAUUGGGUUUACAGUGAUCUGCUUCAACUGAGUUUCUGCACAAGAUGCAUCUGAUAUGCUCUUUUUUAUUUAUCGACUGAGAUUGAGAUAAUCCUACAUUAUGACACUCAGGAAUUUUUGCUGACUUUCUUCAGUGGUAAACCAUAACGAAAAACAAUAUAGCCUUUGCUUCACUAUCAUAAUAACUGGGUUGCAGAAGUGACGUCACCAUAUUCAUCUCUCUUAUCACUAGCUCCGCACUCGAUAUAGAAAUCAACAGCCAAUCACAUGUAAUGACUCUUUAUUGUUCGGGUUCCAAUAAGUUGUCAUUUGAUUGGACGGAUAUGUUGGCAUCGUGUCCCUCGAAUUAAAUGAAACGAUGCUGUGUAAGCGAAUGGGUGCAGGGUAUUUAUCAUAACGGAAUGGGGAUGAAUAACCUGGAUAAUCGAAGAUGCAUGCUUCCUUAAUUCUGAUUAUGUGUGUAUUGAUGGGAUGUGCAUAACAGAACCUUCUUAACCCGGACAAAAUGUUUCUCGGGCAGAUUUCACUUUGAACAGUGUCUGUGUAAAUAACUUGUAUUCGUCAUGUCAGUAACCAAAUAGUAUGGAGUUGAUGUAUUUAUGUAGCUAUGCGAAGGUGUAUGUGAAGAAAGCAAUUAUUUUACACAAAGCGAUUGUGAUCCAAAGAUAAAUUAAUUUCUAAUCCAGCAGGGCUCGAUUUAGCUGUGAAGAACAUGCACCAUUGCAACCUAUUAUUGAAAAAUGCAACCUCAUAUUUUUGUCUACGUGAACCAAGUGCGUGUAAAAUAAAAAUCAAGUUUGUGUCGACACAAAAUCGAUGUUUGGACACACUCAAUAGCUCUAAAGUUUAUUUACCAUACUACAUCACUAACCUCUGUGUUAUGUGUAAUUUGUUAUGCUUUCUUAUGUCUGACGUAAUCAAACUGUGGGUACUUCAGGAACUGCACAUGUUCCUAUUACGUUUUACAGCAAUAAGUUAUGUGACUAUGGCUGCCGACCGGUUGCUAUGUUUCAACUUUGAUACCAUUGUGUGACCCGGGGGCAACCUGGCUUUAUUUGGUGCACCUUGGUUGUCAUGCAUCUGGUUCAAGUUAAAUCAAGUUCCUUAAAUCGAGCCCUGGCAAUCAUUCGUGACCAACUCGUGUUAUUCCGGGACAAGCCGAAUAGCGACUCGUG